AUGGCCCUGCCACGCACGCCGCAGCGCGGCCACCAUGCCCCGGUGGCACCGACUGAAGUGUCGUACCCGGCAUACUCCCCCACCCCUUCUUCUAUCGACGCCAUCCGGCACCGCGCUCACCGCAUCGAGCAAUGGACGCACCAGGUCCCGCUGUCACCUGGGAUGAGUGUCGGCGCCAAGAGCGCCGUCUGGAGUGAUGACCUCGGCACCGUCGCCGAGGAGAGCAGCGGUCGCGCAGACGCUCAGCCACGCGAGUAUCUCAAACCUCCAUCGUCCAACGGUCAUGGGCAUUCUUUGCUCCAGAACUCGUCAGUCCCAUCGCUACGCCGACAGCCGCCAGUCCCACUCCUUGCCCAGACGCCCCACUACUUCCCACAACCAGAACUCUCCCGUGGGGAGCAUCUUUCUCGAUCACCUUCCUUUCAUCCUACCGCCCCAGCCCGCUCGGUCCGCUAUGCACGCGAGGCGUAUCUCAACCAGGCGCUCGAGCUACCUCUUGACAUGUUGACGCAGGUGGCCGCGCCAAACGAGAUCUACGAGCCAGAACCCCUUUCCAAGCCAGGUCGUGUGGGUACCAUCCUCUCGCGCGCGCGCAGCACAGUGAGCCUCAAGGGAGCUGCCGCGGCUGCACCCUCUCAUCCUGCGGCAGCAUCUUUGUCGCCGAUGCACGAUCAACCCCAUAUCUUGCACCGCUCGCCGUCAAUGGCCUACACCAGGCGUCAUUCUCAUCAGUCGCUCCGCAGUGUGCCGGAAAUGCACAUAUUGCCCAAGCUGGUCGCCAAUGCGCGAGCGCCACACGCAGGGCGUGGUCCUGAGGCUCGCCCCGUUGCCGCUCAGUCCCCAGCCCCUUCGUACGAGGACAGUAAGUGUUCUUCAGUGCAAACCUCAGAAUCUGGGCACUCUUUCGUCAAGGCAGAUCCUCUGCCUACUGUCCCGCAGUCGCAACCGAACGCGUACCUCGGGAACACCGCCGAACACAGCGUCAACCCUACAGGUGUUGCGAACAAAGGAGCCUCAACCCAGCCAGCGUCUGCCUUUGGGACCUCCCUGCUGAACCAAGACCCCAUCCCGACCACUCAUCUCGCUCGCCGCACCACCUCGCGCGGACAUCAUCACGCACCCGGCCCCGCGGCUCAACCAGGCGCUGGUGGACAAGUCGAAGAGUUCUCGUCGAGCCCAGAACGCCACCCGUCUGUCCGCACAGACCGGCGACCUCCCCUAACAAAGUCGGCGUCAGUCGACGGACAGAUGUACCGCACCAGACGAGUCAACCGCGCGUCGUCGUCGGCCAGCGAGCGCACGGCAUCCGACCACGGAGUCGUGUUCACGCCCUCGAGCGUCAGCAUCGACAACAUCCACGAUAACGGGGAGCGUAUAGCGUUCGAGGUGCCCAAUCGACGCGGCAAGCUGCAUGUUUCACUUGCCUGGCUUCCUGGGCGGAGGCGAGGCGCCCAGAGCCAGCCAGCCUACGGCCUACGUGCGACCGACCGGCGCGCGUCUCUCCAAGUACCUCCCCAUCCCCUGCAGCCCCCGUCCCAUCGCCGCUCGUUCUCAGCUUCUGAGGGUUCUUCCUAUACUCACCCUCCCCGCUCUCCUCACCACCCCGCCCACGCACCUGCACAGCAUGGCGUCCCCCCAGCUGGCGUUCCCGAUGGUCACUUCAUGCCAGGUACGGUGCCGUUCCAGGCGCCAGGCUAUGGCCUCCACGCCGGUGGCCAUGUCCCGCGGCCGAUGACAGGCGCGUACCCUGCAAUCGGCCCGCAACCUCCCAUGAGCCACCAUCCGCCCAUGAAUCCCCAUCCUCCCAUGAGCCCACAGAUGGCCCCCGGCGCCCCUCUGUUCGGCGCACAGCAGGCGCCCCAAGCUGGCUACCCCAUGCAACCAGGGUACGGUUACCCAGCCAUGCAGGCGCGGCCUGGUAUGCCGAUGGGUCCGUGGCCUGGGCAUGGCCAAGUGCCGCUCAUGCAACCCGCACCGCCCGGCCAUCCUGUCCCCGUGCCCCAGCGGGCAGAUGCCGGUCGCGGCCCAACCCCCAGACGCGAACACAUUCCGUCCCGCGCCGCUACGUUCCCCGCACCCUCGACGGGUAGCCCAUGGCGCAAGCUAUGGCCAUUUGGCAAGCACACCCACAAUGACACGUUCCUCAACGGUCCUGCCGUUCCUCCCAAGACAGCUCGCUUUGCGGAGCCCAUCGUCAGAGACCACAAGUCCCAGAAGAAAACGGACCGGCAGCGGCGUGCGCAGCGCCGCGACGAGCGUGCCAAGCACAAGUCUGGCAAUGCAGUCAAGACCCAGGGCGAGUCGGGCAAGAAGGCCAAGUAG